CGUGCGCCAGCGGCAGUGCUGUACAACGCAAAUUUUCUGCAAGUCGGUUGGCAGCCCCUCAUUUUGCCCGCCGAAAUUCAAAAAUUCAUUCAUCAUUCAACAGAUGAUCAAGUGUUUCGUGGAAUGGUACCAUUUGAUGAUUCAAUUUUAAAAUGUUUAUGAGUUAUGAGUUAUAAGAGAUAAAGGUCCAAAAAUUAGUAAGCAGCAACCGAGAGUAUAAAAGGCGCUGCCCAUACAUUUCCACUGCUCUCAUUUUAAAACUAUUUCUGUUGAAAUACACGAGAUAUGGCAACCAGCUCGGAAAAGCAAAGUUUUGGAGAUCUAAUAGAGAGCAUGGAAUUGGUCGAGGCGGAAAGGAUAUACGCGCUCUCGAACAGUGUCGGAAAGAUCCUGGAUGACUCGGAGGCUCGAAAAAUCCUAAGACACUUCAUGGGAAGCGAAAAACGGUCAGUGCAGUGUGUGGACAUUUAUGAGAAGUGCGCGGAGUUCCUUGAGAAGCACCCAAAUUACGAGUCCUGCGAGUGUGAAAUCCUGGCCCGACUGGGACUACCCUCCCAUCUGAAGCAGCGUCUAUUUUAUCGAAUAAACAGAGGUGAUGCCAUUUCAAUCAGCCUGUGCCUUAAAAACAUCCAGGCAGAAUGUCUCAGUGAGGUAGCCGAGUGUUUUCGCGACUUCAAAGACUCUAUCACAACAGUACGAAUGAAUCUUAAACUUAAGACACUAGGAUAAACAAAAGAAACAAAUAUAUAAAGCGAUAAGAAGAUGUAUGAGACACAUACUCUUUUAAACUUUUGCUUUUAAUUUUUCAAAACUCAUAUAUAAAUAAUGUUGAUAAA